GCAGAGCCGCGCCGCCAUGGCGGCGGCCGUGGGCGCGGCCUGCCGCGGGCUGCUCGACUACAAGACGGCCAAGUUCGCGCUGACGCGGAACCGGCGGGUCGGGCUGCUGCACCGCCUCCUCCAGCUCGGCGUCCUGGGCUACCUGCUGGGGUGGGUCUUCCUGGUAAAGAAGGGCUACCAGGAAACCGACUGUGCCCCUCACGUGUCGGUGAUCACCAAGCUCAAGGGGAUUUCGGUCACCGAAGUCAAGGAUGCUGGGAACAGGCUGUGGGAUGUGGCAGACUACGUGAAGCCUCCUCAGGGAGAAAAUACAUUUUUUCUGGUGACCAAUUUCAUUGCUACAACAAAGCAAGCCCAAGGCACCUGUCCUGAGAGCCCCUCUAUUCUAGAUGGGAUUUGCAGAGAAGAUGCAGACUGUCCCAUGGGAUACCCAGUGGUCCAUGGCAAUGGGAUAAAAACUGGGAAAUGUGUGAUGUUCAACACCACCCAUUCUACCUGUGAGAUCUACAGCUGGUGUCCUGUAGAGAAUGACACCCUGCCCAGGUAUUGCCCAGGGAAACCUCUUCUGGCUGAGGCGGAGAAUUUUACUCUUUUUAUAAAAAAUACUGUGAACUUCACCAAAUUUAACUUCUCCAAGGGCAAUACUUUGCAAACCAGUGACCCCGCCUAUUUCAAGAGCUGCACAUAUGAUCCAUUUUUCAACCCAUCCUGCCCAGUCUUCCGUAUCCGUGACAUGGUGAAGGCAGCUGGAGAGACUUUUGAGAAUCUUGCGUUGCUGGGGGGGAGCAUUGGAGUUUCCAUCAAGUGGGACUGUGACCUGGAUCACCCUGCUGCCCAGUGCCAGCCUCAGUACUCCUUCAGCCUGCAGGACAGGAACUACAAUUUCAGAACUGCCUCCUACUACUGGGAUCCUCAAAAAAGGCACUACCGGAGCCUGCUGAAGCUCUAUGGCAUCCGCUUUGACAUUUCUGUGCAUGGCCAGCAGGCUGGGAAGUUCAGCAUCAUCCCUACUGCCAUCAGCUUCGGCACCAGCAUCACACUCCUUGGUGCCGCCACAGUGGUCUGUGACCUGGUUCUGCUGUACCUGGAUUCAAAGGCUGACUUCUAUCGGAAGGAGAAGUUUGAGGAGGCAAAACCCCCAAAAGAUAAGGCAGAGGUCACAGCGUAGCCAUGAUGCGUUGACCAGGACAUCGGGAAUUUUCAGCAAUAAACACCGUUCGAUCUAGAGUGACCUCCAGAUAGGUGGGAGCACAGCUGAAGCCCAGACAGAGGUGACUGCUAGCUCUGCUGACCUAGGAGUGCACUACUGGAGUUGAAAUCUGCCCUUCCUGGCGAAACGUUUGUAUCAGCAGAAGCUGUUGGCUGCAGGAGCAUAAAGCCAUCUCACUUGGAGAGACUGCCAUCCCAUAGCACAAUGCAAAGCCAAGCAGCUCCCAGAACAGACUAGCCAGUGCCUAAGUGCAGCAAUGCUACAGAGCUGCUAUGUGAGCUGGAACUUGCUAUAAAGUGGCUGGUCCUUGUUCAACACAAAAGGCUUAAAGUGCUUUGUGCUUCUUCACUUUCUAGAUUGCCCUGGGGGUUUGAUUUCACAUGAAAAAUAGUGAUGAAAUGAAAUAAAGCUGCCUAGAAAGUGGGAA